UUAGUGUCUCUAGUCUCUCCUGCAGGCUUUUCUGAGUGUCUACACUUUCUUCAAAGUCCUGGAGCAGUAGGUGUAUCUACAAUUUCUCGAGAAGCAAAAUCUGAAGCUAUGAGUUACUCUUAUAUUUCUCUUUUGGUUGGACUUAUAGUCACUUGGCUCCAGUGUGAUGUAACGGCCAACAAUCGCAAACUUGUGGACGGUUGCUGUUUUUUGUUCAGGAGUAAAAUACCAAUCAAUAAAAUUGACUCUUACCUCGAAACAAGUCAUGAAUGUCCCAUUGCUGGGGUCGUUUUUAUCACCAAGAAGUCUCUUUAUUUCUGUGUGGACCCUAACGCAAACUGGGUGAAGAGAGCCAUGCAACAAAUUGAUGAACGGCAACAUCCCUACAGUAAAACUGCUAAAACCAGUAAAAGUAUUAAAACUAGUAUAAUUGCUAAACCCAAAACAACCACAAUAAGAUCUACAACUGCCAUAACCACUAAAACAGCUAUAACCAGUACACUAACUCCAGGCCCAAACCAGAUGACAUGCAAUAUAAAUCCAGUGACAAGCAAUGUGCCUGUUCACACCGAUAAAAGGAAGAUGCCAGCACACACCAGGCCACAAAACACAGCCAGUCAGAACAGAUUCUGUUUGUGUACACUCUAACCUUGCAUCUGAAGAGGUGAACAACAAUAAAAUACUCUUAAAAAUAAAGAUGUUUUACAAUGCCAUAUAGAAAAAGCUUUUUUGGCCAAAUGGUUUGGAUCCUAUCAGAGCAACCUGGGCUUUUAUAACACCUGAGCAGUGCCAGACUGAUUGACUCCAUGCCGCAUUGCUGCAGUUAUUCAGGCAAAAGGACCCCCAACUAAUUAUUGAGUGCUGUACAUGCGCAUACUUUUUAUGUUCAUACUUUUCAGUUGGCCAAGAUUUCUAAAAAUCGUUCCUUUGUAUUGGUCUUAAGUAGCCUAAUAUGCUAAUUGUCUUGAUACUGAAUUUGGGAUUUUCCUUAGUUGUCAGUUAUAAUCAUCAAAAUUAAAAUAAAUAAUUUUUCAUGAUAGUCUAUUUAUAUGACCAGCACCCGUACAUACUGUAGCCUCACUAAAAAAAAUUGUGUCCAGUAUAUAUCCUAAAUUAAGUUAAUAGAAUUUUGAAAAUAUUAUUAUUUUCAGUUCAAUCACACAUUUUGUC